AAAGGGGGAGAUUGUCUUUUACCAUAGGGGGUUGGGGGGACGUUGUUUCCAAGGCAUAUCAAUGGUUACAGAUUAACGUGUUUGUUUUUGAGUACUGUAUGUGUGAAAGAAAGGGUAAUCUCUGUUAAACCAGAAGUACAAUCUUUGGUCAGCUGCAUGAUUAACUGUGUUCAUAUGUGUUAGAAAUUCUGACAAAAACAAAGUUUCCACCCUCGCUAAAGGAUACUAAUCUGUGUGGGUACAUGCGCAAAGCACUCGAGGUGAAGCACCGCCUUCGCCCAAUCCAGAUACAUCAAAAUAACCAGUGACAAAAACCGGAACGAAGGCUGUUCGUUAUCUCUCGCAUCUCAUUCAGUCCCGGCAGAUUCUUCGGUCUACACGCAGAAUCUGCCCACGGGAGAUUAGAGGAAGGGAGAAUGAUUGUAUUUGUGACGUAUUGUCUGUGUGUGUUAUUGUGUUUGUGAGUUAUUGUGGAUGGAUUCUCAGCACGUGCUUCUACACACCCAUCUCUUAGAGACCCAUUAUUUUCCGAUCAGGUCCAACGACACACCUCCCAAUUCCAAGGCCGCAGAAGACCAGGAAUGUUUACCGCAGCGUCCAGAUCAAACCACUCAGUGAUCAGAAUGCAUUAUAAGCUUCCCCUCUCCCAAUUAUAACCUUAACCAUUAGUGGAGGAAAUGCAAAACUGACCCAAGAUCAGUGUCUACUAGGGGCAACAUCACACUACUCCAGAUUAUAAAUCACAUAGGCUGCGUUUACACAGGCAAUUGGUCUUUUGAGGAAGCUCAUCUGCUUUCUGUUGGUGUCGCGUUGAGGAAGCGCCACUCCUGCCCUCCCACUUCUUCCCAUAAGAGCCAUUACAGUUAUAGUUCCACAACCUCGAGGAUGUCAUCAGCGUUUUAGUUAUUGCUGUUAAACGGUGGAGAGUGGAACAACAAAAAAAAUUCUCAGGUGCGACAGUGUGGACGAGUGUAAAGCAAACAAAGGUGUAAGUUUGGUGAAACUGUUGUCAUAAAGGGAGGCCAUCUUGUCUGUGUGAGGAAUAAUAUAUAACAAUAUAAUAUAUGCCAUUUGGCAGACAUUUUUAUCCGAAGCGACUUAGUCAUGUGUGGAUGCAUUUUGAGUUGUGGCCUCAGUGGAAUUGGACCCAUUAUCCUUGGCGAUGCAAGCGCCACACGACCACCAUAAGUAAUUCUACAUCAGAGGAGGCUGGUGAGGGGAGGACGGCUCAUAUUAAUGGGGUGAAUGGAAUGGAAUCAAACACAUGGAAACCAGGUGUUUGAUGUGUUUGAGACCAUUCCAUUAACUCCGUUCCAGCCAUUACUAUGAGCCUGUCCUUCCCAUUUAAAGUGUCACCAGCCACGACUGAUCUACAUCAAGGAUAUUCAAAUAUAAGCCUGAAGGUCUGGAGUACCGCUGUUUUUCUUCCUCCCAUGGAAGUGAAUUGAUUAAGGUCGCACUGAUUGGGCAGAGAUUCUACUCACUCUGGUCGUGCUCAGUAUCACCUUUUGCAAAGUAACAUGAAAGUCUUCUUAUUGACCAUUGACCAGCGUUUUCUUCAUAUGUGUGUGUGUGUUUGCAUGGACUCUUUUAGAAUGACAAGGGGAGGACCAUAUACGUUGUAGAUUAUCUUCUAUUUACAGUCAACGGAACCACAUAUGGUUAAGUGAUGGGGAGAAAGGAAUUACUGUACCUUACAGUGACUUGAUGAUGCCUGUAUCUGGCCUACCUCUAGCCAUCCCUCUCAGGUUGCUGUGUCCUGCUUCAGGGUAUAGCACCACCACAUCACUAUUGGUGUUAGGUUCACAGUGUAGUGAUACUAAGUCUUCAUUUGUCACUUCAGCAGUCCAACCCGGGUUCUGUACCACUGUAACGUUCAAGGCCUGUACUAAAGAGCAAUGUGUUUGUGUAACACCAGAGAAUCUCACCAGUUGUCUGUGUAUUGUGGCGUUGCUGAGAGAAGGGUGCACCUCUUUCCUUGGGGGUUAGGCCGGGUUUGGGUUGGGCUCCUCCGGUUAGUCACAGGGGACUCAGAUAGAAAGAUACAGGUCCUCUGGGGCUUCAUUCAAUCCUAUUGAUUUACACACAACCACACCCUUUUACUAGACUACAAUACACACAGGCAACCGUUGAAGGGAACUGUCUAGCCUUAUCUACAUGGAUUCAUCCAGUAACAUUGACACCACUCGCCCAAAGGCGAAUGCGUUAUACAGGAUUGUCUAACCUAUCACUCUCCUUGAUAUUGCUAUUCAAAUCCUCAGUGGAUUCCAACUACCCAAAGAGUCCAUUGGAGAAGAACUAUCAAUACAACAAUACAAGGUACAAUUCCUAGUUUUUUUUCUCGUGGACCACUUCGGAAAUAAGCGUUUUCGUUAAUGCUUUCUGGGAACAAAUAUACAUCUCGUCGCUGUCCUAUUAUUUUUAACGCCAAAACAAUUUUAUCACUAACCCAAAGUGUAAAAACAUUGCCCCAUGCCUGUCCGACCCUCUUUGAAAGCGAGCUAUGGGCAACUGACAGUACUAGGAUACUGGCAGGGGAACCCCCUACUUGUGAGUGAUUGACUGCAUCUCAAAUGGCACCCUAUUCCCUAUAUACAUGUUGGUAAUUUAGCAGACACUAUUAUCCAUCGUAACUUACAUUAGUGCAGGUGUGUCAAACAGUUUCUUCUGUCCAGCUGGCUAAUAAUCACUAUGCACAGUCAAUGGACCUACAUUCAUAAAGUUUAUUGAAAGCACUCGACAGUCAGGGAGGAUAAAAAAUUCCAUAAAUGAUGGAAAGAGGAAAACAUUUUAGCAAAUUUUGACAGCAAAGACAUAUAGCACAUUUUCAGUGCAACCCUCUGGAACUCAUUGAAGACCGAAUUUAGUUAAAUUAGUUAAACACCCCUGCAUUAGUGCAUUCAUCUUAAGAUAUCUAGGUGUGACAACAAAAUAUCACAAUCGUAGCAAGUACAUUUUCCAUCAACAAAGUAGUUAUCAGUGCUAGUAGGAAAAUAUAAGUACCUCCACUACUUUUGACCAAGGCCCAUAGGGCUAUCUAGGGAAUAGGGUGCCCUGGUCAGAAGUAGUGCACUAUGUAGGGAUAGGGUGCCAUUUGGAACAUAUCCCUAGUGUGUGAGGUUUAGCGACGGUCUGCAUUAUCUGUCGAAUGGCGGCGGAACUAUCAGAUUAUCCUUUCCCUUUCUGUGGCGCUAAUCUAAUCUCACCCCGCUGAGAUUAAUGGACCCUGUAAUCUCUCCGCCGGCCACACGUACUAUGUGUGUGUCACCUCAGGUGUUUGUGUAUCCGUGUGUGUGUUGCUCAGGUACGAGCGUGUGUGUAGGUCAGAGGGUGGAUGGGAAGUGUGUGUUUUCAACUGGCAUUUGAUUGUUUUCAUGUAGCCUAUCCAUUGUGUGUUGGUUAGUGUGUGUGUGUGUGUGUGCGCGUGUUUUUCGGCUGUUUGUAAUGGUAAAUAAGAGGUUGGUCGGGUGUGUGUAUGGCUGUGAAGUUUGCAAUGUGUAUAGUAGUCGUGUACACUAGGUAUGUAGUAAUUUAUAAUAUGUGUUUGUGUUCCAGGUGUGUGUUUGUGUUCCAAUUAGGAAUGUAUGUUCCAGUCUGUGUGUGUGUCUGUGUGUGCUUGCACACUUCCGUCCAUUCACCGCGUUGUGAGGUAAGCGUCAGCCGACAGUCCUCCCGAGUCAAUCCACUUCGCUCCCUCUGUCCCGUCUCUAGGUGAACUCGUCUGCAGGUUGCUAGGGCGGAGCUGAGGCACUGCGGGACCAGUUCUAUAUUUAGCCGCGCAUCGGCAGCCGAAGGGGCCAAGCAUCAGGGGAGUUUGAGUCACCCGAUGCUUGACUGCAGAAAGACCCCGGCAUCAACACAUGCUUCUGGACCUGAGUGAUCUUCUACAGGUGAACGUGUACAUCCUAGGGAAGACCUUCCUCCUGCUGGCUCGAGAGCUCUGCAUCAACUCCCCAGCAAUAGACCCUUGCCUGUACAUCCCUCGUUUCGCCCACAUGCUGGAAUUUGGGGAGAAGACCCAUGAGGUGUCCAUGACGGCACUGCGCCUACUACAGAGGAUGAAGAGGGACUGGAUGCACACGGGACGCCGGCCCUCUGGGCUGUGUGGAGCAGCCCUGCUGGUGGCUGCCCGGAUGCACGAGUUCCGCCGCACCGUCAAGGACGUGAUCGGAGUGGUGAAAGUGUGCGAGGCCACACUGAGGAAAAGAUUGACAGAGUUCGAGGACACUCCCACCAGUCAGCUGACGAUCGAUGAGUUCAUGCGGGUGGAUCUGGAGCAGGAGUGUGACCCACCCUCUUUCACUGCUGGACAGAGGAAGGUCAAGAUGCAGGCGCUUGAACAGGAGUUAGCCAAAAAGCUGGAUGAAGUUCAAGGUGAAAUCAGUUUGUAUCGCGACGAGAUCGAGACGGAGCUGGAAAACAGCAGGCCAAAGCUCAGAGGGAUCUACGCUGCAUAUGCCAAAGAAAUAGACCCGCUGGACGAGGUGCUUUCUCAGGCCUCGUGCUCCAGCCCCAGGGAGGUGGACCCCGAGGAGGACGAAGAGCUGGAGGCAGUCGCCCAACACCUGAACCAGGACUUCCUCUGCCAGGUCAUCCAGGGGGAGCAGCAAGGGGACGAAAGAGGGGGAGAAGGAGUGACAGAGGAGGCACCCCCUACACAUCCACCACCCAGAGGAGGCCCCUCCCUGGCUUCCAUCCUGGGUCCCUUGCCUAGCGCGGCUAGCCUGGGGCUCAGUGAGUCCAUCCAUGAGUGCAUUGCAGAGGACAAGGACAGUGAUGGCAAGUCGGAGAGCGGGGAAUUGGACCUGGACGGCAUCGAUGAUAAUGAAAUUGAGAGGUAUAUCCUCAACGACAAAGAAGUAAGAGUUAAGACGGAUCUGUGGAUGAAGCAGAAUGAGGAAUAUCUGAGGGAGCAGAAAGAAAAGGAGGAGAGGAUAACUAAAGAGAAAGAGCAAGGGACCUACAAGGAAAAGCCCAAGAAAACGUCCAAGAAGCGGGAGCCCAUCCGUGCCAGUACGGCGGGCGAGGCCAUCGAGAAGAUGCUGGAGCAGAAGAAGAUCUCCAGCAAGAUCAACUACGACGUGCUGCGUGACCUUAACAGCAAGGGUGGCAGUGGCAACAGCAGUCCUGCCCGGCCAACCUCCUCGGAAGAGCCACCCAGUGGCCCCCCUGGGCGGAAGAGGCUGACCCGCCGCAAGAAGCAGCCCAACAAGACCAAUAUGGGCCUGGCCACCACCGCCAGCAUCAUGGGCAAAAGACUCCGUCCACUUAUAUCCUCUGCUACCAAGAAGAAGAGAGCCGCUUCACAGGUGACCCCUAACCUGACCCCGGCUGCAACCACUGUUCUGCCCAACUUGUCUAGCCUGCCUACCCCCAACCCAGCCCCUCCAGGACCCACUAUGGUGGAGAGUGGCCCGGUGGCCUAUGACGAAGCGGCAGAGGAUGAGGAGGAGGAAGAAGUGGAGGAGCCCUGUGUCAGUGCGUUGCAGCUCCUGGGAGGAAAUGAGUACGGCUGUGAGGCUGAAGAGGAAGAGGUUUUCUAGGCUCCCAUUUUUCCUCUUCUUUCAUCAAACACUGCGGAUUCCCCAAAAUAGUUGUCUCACCAUUGACCUCUUUGAGCGGGGACAGUCGCCAGAGGAAGGGAGGAGAGGAAAAGGACAUCCACUGUUCAGAUGAACUGCUAAGGUGAAAAUGGAGUGUGCCUGGGUGUGGGGAGAGCUACGGGGUAUGCAAGCUUUUAUUCCAGCCUUGCUCGAACACACCUGAUUCAGCCAAUCAAUGUCCUGAUCAGGAGUUGGUUAGUAGAAUCAGGUGUAUUCCUGCACACCCAGUCACUCUCUAUGAGGAGGGUUGGCCAUCCCCAGUCUUCUAGAAAGACAGGGGGACCAUUUUGGGUUGGAAACUCUGGGGUGCAUUAGCAAAAGAUACAUAUAUACGCGAAGCAGUGAAGUUAAAGCAGUGCAGGGUAUAUGCAAAUUGCAAGUGACUGGCUUCAGUGAAUGGCUUCACGUUAUCUUCAAUGGCUACAAUGUGGCUACACCACUUUAGCCAUCUUGAGGAGUAGGUUGAAAUUUCCCCUAGAUGCUGAUCUUGAAUCAGUUUUGCCAGUAAUGAAGGUUAGAAUUUGGGGGGGAUGCUGAUCCUGUGCUUUUUUCCUUUUUAAAAAUAUUUUUCACAAAUAUCCACAAUCCUCGGUCACCUACUUUUCUACUGUUACAGAGUUCACACUGACCCCUCUGUCCACUCAAUGAGCAGUCGGCGAGAACAGCUAGGUCGUGCCAGUUCACUGGUACUGCAAUGGGCCUUUUGUCAUUGCCGCAUUGCAUUAUGCUCUGUAGAGAGGGCCUGCGUCCCAAAUGGCAUCCUAUUAUUCCCGACAUAAUGCACUAUGGUCAAAAGUAGUGCACUACAUAGGGAAUACCAUUUGGGAAACAGUCAGAGAAAGGGCAUACCGGAGUGUAUCCACUCAACCUUGCUCGCCUUUCGUAGCGGUGCUAUAAUUGUCAAAACAGGACGUUGGCUUUAGCUGGCAGGGCUAUUCAAUGCAUCUAUGGACUCUGAGUAGCACAAUGGGCACAAAAUGCCCCUCACCAUUAUCUCAAUAAACACCGGAGUUGGUCAGUCCCUUUUCAAUUCCAGUCAUUGAAAUUAACAUUUGGACGUAUUUAUCUUGUUGUUUAUUACCGACUGUCAUGGGGUUGAAAGGGAAUUGAUACUGUGCUUACGUCCAUCUUUGUUUACUCCCGUCCUUUGAUCUCAGUAGAAUCUCCCUUUAUGAUCAUCAUCAAAUGCUGGUAUUCACAAAUGCAGUUUUUUAAAUAAUGAAAUAAACUGGCAUCCAUUUUGUAAAAUAUGUACCUAAUGCAAAACUCAGUGGGUGGUAUUUUGAAAAGGCAAAGAAGUGCCGCUCUUGUCAUAACAAACCGUAUCACUUCAAAUAAAUUGUGUGCAUCAUGGAUAAGUGCUGCUCAUUGGCGUUUUUUUUCAGGUUGUUUUGAUAAUGAAAGAUUCAAAAAUAAAAUGCUGCUACGAUUAUUAGGAGUAAUACGGUCACUUUCGACACUAGCGAAAGUUUUUUUGCUUUGACAAAGUGAGGCCCGAUGUAUCCAUGAAACCUAGAAUAGUACAAACACUCCAAGGCAGCUAUCUCUUGGUAGAGCUCUGUAUAUCAUUGUAAAAAGGAAGGAAAAAAAGAAAAAGAAAGUUUACUGAAAUGCUUUUGUUUGUUUGUGGAAAUGUCAUUGUAUUUUAGCUAUUUUAUCUUGUGUAUACUUUUCCAAAGCAAAUAUGAAGAACUACAACUAUGUAAGAAUGUAAAUAUCAAUCCUUGUUGGGUAGUCUGUUUGUAUGUUUAUAUGUUGUUUCGCCUCAAAUGGCCAUUUCAGAAAAAAUAUUAGCCUGCUUUUGUGUUUUUGUAAAUGUAUUUUGUUUUAUGACAAAAUUCUGUCAUUUUAUGAUUCUAUAUGAAUUCACUGGUAAACUGAAAAGGAUUAUAGAUCCUGGUGUUCUGUAUUUUGAUAUUUUACACGUCAACUCCACCAGCUUUUGAACAGAACAUUUCCUAACAGCAUUCCAAGUUAAUCUAGGCCUGGAUUCAAUCCAAGGUGUUAUAGCGCACAUCACUAUGCAUCCGACAAUGCGCCUUUUAAAGGCAUUUUCCCUGACCUUCGCAGAGAUGGCACUCACAGUGCUUAUGGCAGCUCAAUCGUAAAUUACUUUUUAAAGUCGGUUGUAGUGUACUGUGGUGUAGUGUACUGUGGUAUAGUGUACUGUGGUACACAAUAACGUGCCUUGCAUUGAAUCCCCGCCCUAGUUAAGGAACAAUAGUUCCUCACAACAACACAAUCACACACAUUCCAUUUUUAUCAGUGAAUAAACUCAUUUCAGUUA